CUCAGAAUCAUCUCUCUUACACUUGUCAACCGAAUACACAGUGGCAACGAAAUCUCAUUUGACUCACUCGUUACUUGCCUUCAAGUUUCGUUCAUUCUUCAGAAAUUUAUGUCACAGAUUCUUCCGCAAUAGCCACACCGACAUCUCACAAUUAUUCUGCGGGAAAAGGAAACAAAGAUGGCCACCGCUACCGCCACGGGAUCGCUUGGCUCUCGCCUUGCCUAUAAACCACAAUCUCUCAACUUCGGUACAAGUGGUCGACGUGGUCAAGUCAUUCACUUGACUCAAUUGGAAAUUUAUACCAAUGUCGUCGCUGAAAUUCAGUACCUUCAAUUACUCCCUCAAUCGGAAGGUGGCAUCCAAGCUGGCGAUGACUUCUAUUAUGCCCAUGAUCUGCGUCCUAGCUCUACCGCACUGGUUGAUGUCGGUUGUGGUGGUCGUCGAGGUGGCCUCUGUCAAGCCGUCGAGCAGGCGCUGAAGGAUACAGGCAUGCAUCCAAUCAACUUGGGCGCCAUACCUACGCCAGCUCUGACCUGCUGGGCUCUCAAGCACGGCAAAGGAAGUAUCAUGGUUACGGGCAGUCACAUUCCUUUCGACCGCAAUGGCUACAAGCUCAACACCUCCAAAGGAGAGCUCAUGAAAAGGGACGAAAAGCCUAUCAACGACAAAGUCGCUAUUGUUCGUGAGAAGCUCAUCUCGCAGCUAUUUGCCGAGUCUCCUUUUGAUAACCAGGGCGUUUUUCGCAGCAUCAGUGCACAGACCGACUUCCAACCCGCGAUACCUGACGGAAGAAAAGCCUACUUCCAACGUUAUGUGGAGUUUUUCAAGGGCGAGACGCUUCAAGAUGUGAAGCUCAUUGCUUACCAGCACUCUGCAGUCGGCCGGGAUCUCUUGGUUGACAUUUUCGAAGCUCUUGGCGCAGACGUCACUCCGGCAGGCCGCAGUGACACUUUCGUGCCCAUCGAUACAGAAGCUAUUGACCAGGCGCAGCUCAACACAGUGCAAGAUCUUUGGCGAAGCACUGGUACCGGCCAUAAGUUUGACGCCAUUAUUUCCACUGACGGCGACAGUGAUCGUCCACUGAUUCUGGCUCCAGAAGGUGACAAGCUUCGCUUCUUUGGCGGUGAUCUUCUGGGCAUGGUUGUCGCCGACUUCUUGGGUGCAGAUGCUGCUGUUGUCCCCAUCAGCUCCAAUGAUGCUAUAGACCGCGGAGCUCUGAGCUCUGUCACAGAACCCAAGACGAAGAUUGGCAGCCCAUAUGUGAUUGCCGGUAUGGAGAAAGCCAUUUCCAAAGGACGUCGACGUGUCUGCGGAUGGGAGGCAAAUGGAGGCUUCCUCACCGGCUGUGAUAUUGAGCGCAAUGGCAACAUAUUGACAGCACUUCCUACACGGGACGCGUUUCUUCCUCUACUCUGUGCUCUCUUCGCAGCUCGCAACCGCGGGCUGACAUUGCCAGAACUCUUCGAUGGGUUACCCCAGCGCUUCAGCCGUGCUGCCUUACUUCGGAACUUCCCACGUUCGACGAGCUUGAAGAUCAUAGCCCGAUUUUCACCCCCUGAAGCAUCCAUGCAGAAUGUCUCCUACCCUCCGGAUGGGCUCUUCGUCCGUGAUGCCGAUAACACUAAGCUCGAUGUUCAGGAGCCGCAUGCGAAACAAAUUGAAAAGAUUCGCGAAGCACUCGAAACCGUGUUCACCCCGCAACUCGGGUUUGCCUCCAUCAUCCAAAUCCUAUACACUGACGGAGUUCGCAUUCUAUUCUCUAAUGGCGAUGUUGCUCACUUCCGCCCGUCUGGUAAUGCGGAUGAACUUCGGAUCUAUGCUGUCGCUGAUGCACAAGAGCGUGCCGACAAAAUCGCCAGCUUGGGAACUGCGGAGUCGGAUGGACUCCUGAGACGCUUGGAGAAGAUGAUUUGAAUGAACUAAAGAAAAAUGGAAGGAAUGCAUAAACAAAAGUUUUCCAUAUUUGCAUUUCGACAUUCCACAUAGCAAUGAACAAAAAAGAACCCUCGU